AAGUCAGAGUCCAAAUAUAUAGACGGACCAUUCUCUCGAACUCCAUUUCCCGAUUUUCCUCUGUCCCUUCCCUCCGUUGCGACUCGUCUUUGGUUGUUAGGGUUUUGAGCGAGAGCUGAGCGAUGGAUGCUAUCGAUUCAGCCAUCGAUCCUUUGAGAGAAUUCGCCAAGGACAGCGUCCGCCUCGUGAAGCGAUGCCACAAGCCUGAUCGCAAAGAGUUCACAAAGGUCGCGUUCCGCACUGCGAUCGGCUUCGUGGUGAUGGGAUUUGUAGGGUUCUUCGUCAAGCUGAUCUUCAUUCCGAUCAACAACAUCAUCGUCAGUUCUGGUUAGGUUGAGGCAAUGUUUGAACCUCUAGCUUAAUACUCCUGCAGCCAUGAUUAACAUGCAAAUGGCCACCAACCCAAAGGUUGCCAUGCAUUGAUCUGUCCGGUUACGAAAAUCUGGAGUAAAGCCUCCAUUUUCUUAAUUGAGUGUAAGAUUUAACCAUUUUGUCAUGUAGUGAUCCUAUCAUAUCAUCCAGCUAGCGCUUACCCUCCAAUUUAUGCUUCAUACUGAUUUCUACUGCUGUUGGACUCAUUAGAGGCAUGCUGCUGUUGGCCAAUCGUUUCUUUCUCUGA